CUCAUGGUUCCGUCAUCUCACUCUCAUAACAGAAGCGAAGAGGACUGUUUUAGUAGCCUACUCCUGAUCGGUGAGAACAUAUUAUAGCAUCAUGAGUCAACGGACGGAGCGCCGGGGGGGGAUACACGUGGACCAGUCGGACCUGUUGUGCAAUAAGGGAUGCGGUUAUUAUGGCAACGCGGCAUGGCAGGGCCUGUGCUCAAAGUGCUGGAGGGAGGAGUACCAGCGGGUACGACAGAAACAGAUCCAGGACGACUGGGCCUUGGCAGAAAAGUUGCAGCGGGAGGAGGAGGCUGCAUAUGCCAGUAGUCAGGGAUCACAGACACAGUCCACAGCAGCACAACCACAGCCGGGGGGGCGCGCCUCUCUGGGACCCUUCUCCAAGUUUGAGGAGAAGAAGACCAACGAGAAGACACGGAAAGUGACCACAGUUAAGAAGUUCUUCAGCCCUUCGUCACGCACUGCUAACAAGAAAGAAAACCAAGAGGGCAAGUCACCCAGUCCGUCAAUUAGCCGCCAUGCCAGCUUCGAGACAGACCAAGUGUCCAAGGACUUUGUGGACUUCUUGAAAAACCUCCAGAAGCCCGGCCGGGAAAUCCAUAAGCAGUGCCGAGCCUUCAUUGUCAACAUGUCAAACAAGAAGGAUCUGGGUGCUGACGAGCUGUCGGAGUGCGUUCAGGAUUUCUACCAAAACUUGUCCGACCGCUUGAUGGGUCACUUUAAAGGUUGGUUUAGAGAACUUUCUCACCCGGCGUUACACUGGGUGACCAUCCAGAUGCUGUGCGUGUCUAUGGAUGAAGAAAUCCCUGAAGUCUCUGAGAAUGUGGUCAAAGCAAUAACAGAUAUCAUUGAGAUGGACUCGAAGAGGGUUCCUCGGGACAAACUUGGGUGCAUCACGCACUGCAGUAAACAGAUCUUCAGUGCCAUCAGGACCACCAAGAACGAGCCGGCCUCAGCUGACGACUUUCUCCCCGCGCUCAUUUACAUCGUGCUCAAAGCUAACCCUCCUCGACUUCAGUCCAACAUCCAGUACAUCACCCGCUUCUGUAACCCCAGCAGGCUGAUGAGCGGAGAGGAUGGAUACUACUUCACCAACCUGUGCUGUGCAGUGGCCUUUAUCGAAAAGUUGGACGCCCAGUCUCUCAACCUUUCCCCAGAGGAAUUUGAGCGCUACAUGUCAGGCCAAGCCUCGCCGCGAUGCAACAGCUCGGAGGGCGACUGGGCCCACGCCGACCAGGCACCAACCGCCACCAACCCGGUCCUGGCUCAGCUCAAUCACAACCUGGAGGUGCUGUCGGGCCUCAGCAGCCGGCAGGAGUCGCUGAUGGAGGCCGCUCGCAGUCUGCAGGCCGACCUCCUCUCCUGGCCCCAGAGCGUGCAGCGGGAGGUCAACGGCAUCCUGGAAAAAUACCCGCUAGAGGUUCUGUCUCGCACCGUUUCCGCCAUCGAUGCCAACAACGUGGACAAUGACAACCUGCCACCGCCCCUCACGCCCCAGGUGUUUGCUGGGUAGUGGAGUCUACAAAGGGAGGGAAGACAUUUCACAAACACCAACGGUACUCCUGCUUUGAAAAGGCAGCUUUUUGAGUUUGAUGGUAACAUCCCAUACGCACUAAUCUGCUGAAUACUUUGGAGCUUCUUCUGCACUUUAAACUGUGUGAACUUAUUGUCAGUUAGCAAGCUAGUUAGCUUGGAGAGCUUAUUUUUCCUGUCUUUAGUAACUAUUUAUUAAACGAAGCAAUGCACAGGCCUGGGAGCACGGCAGUUUGCUAGCACGUUAGCAGCUACAAUGCUACACAUACACUUUGCCGCUUUCUGGGGUGACCGAGUCUUUAUGGUUAUCGGAUCGUCUGUAAAGCUCUCCGCUGCCACUGCUGCUGUUUCAUCACAGUUGCUUAUUGACCAGUUUCUGGUUUGUCUGAAAAAAUAAUAGCAAGUAUAAUCUGCUGCAUGUUGGUGUGUCUGUUUAGGGCCAGUUGGACUUUUUUUUGAAACCUUUUAAUCAUUUUUAUAUUACCCCCCUAUAAUUUUUAUUUUUUUCCCUUUUUUUCCAUUUUCAUUUAUUGUCCUUUUAUUUAAGUCUUUUUUUCCCCCCUUUUUUAAUAUUUUUUUCUAUUUUCAUUUAUUUUCCUUUUUAAUUAUUUUUUCCCUUUUUAAUUUUUUUCUAUUGAAGCUUUUUCCCUUCUUUUUUUUUCAUUUUCAUUUUUUCCUUUUUUACUCCAAUACAAUUUUGUCUGACUUUUAUCGCAACGCUGUCCGAUUUCUUGCUGUGUGUAAUAUGUUGUGUAGUAUUUUUCUGCUGUAACACAUUCAGGAGAAACACACAGAACCACACUGGAACAUAUUUCUCAUCAUCGUCGAGAGGCCUUUCAUUUUCUAUUUUCAUAAACACACUGUUUUAACGUUGAACUGUGUUUUUAGAAUUCACUGUAUUUUGGCAGGCUUUUGCAUUUUCACCUAUACAAUGAAUGAAACUAUUAAUAAUGUAUUUUAAGUAUUUAAGAUUUAUUUUGUCAUUGUGCGAUGUACUACUGUAUAAUAUCGGGUGUAAAAACAUGCUGGUGGUGUCUGAUUGCCUGUUGAAACACUGCUGCCCAACGGCUGCUUUUGUUUUUGUGUUGAUUCAUUAGCUUGAAAAUCUUUUUAGUAUUUUUAUUCAGUGACUAGCAUUGAAUUAAAAGCACAUAAAAGCCUGUAAAA